AUGCUCGAUCAUAGAUCUUCAUCCGUCACUAAACUUCAUUCGCACAAAUAUGAUGGUUAUUCAGCAGCAGAGAGCCAUGAAAAAGAAAAUUUAACUUCAUCAUCCUCAUCUUAUAGAUCUUUUGAAGAUGAACAGCAACAACAGCAGACGACAACAAAUACAGAAACUCCAACCCAACAAGAUCAACAACAGCAACAAAAUGGCGGUUAUGUCUGGCGACUAUCCUCCGGUCUGGUAAACUCGACGACGGGGGUGAUAUCGGGGGCGUUCGGAUUGGGGUACGGAGGGGUGAAGUGGGUGGCGUCAAAAGGUUAUAGCGCUGGGGAGGUUGUUGUCGAUACAACCAAAAAUAUCGUUGGGAAGGUCCCUGUUGCAGCACUCAAAAGGAAAGAUAAGAAGGAGUAG